AUGGCAUUUCAUAUGCUGGAGAGACCAUGUCCGCACAAACCUAAGCCUGUUUUUAUGACACCGAUCGACAAGUCAGCGGUGGAGACAAUCCUCAGGCCCCUGGACCUGACAGAUGACCACUAUCGAAGGCUGAUGGAUCUCAUGACCGAGGACAUCGUCAAGGGCAUGAAUCCUCAGACCCACCCGGCUGCCAACAUAAAGUGUUUCCCAACUUUUGUCAGAUCCGUGCCGGAUGGCACAGAACAGGGAGAUUUUCUGGCUCUAGAUCUCGGAGGAACUAACUUCCGCGUGCUCUUGAUUAAUCUGAAUGGCCAGGAGGUCAAGAUGGAGAGCAAGAUCUUCAUUAUACCUCAACACAUAAUGCUCGGAUCUGGCGUUCAGCUCUUCGAUCACAUCGCAGACUGUAUCUUCAAAUUCAUAACAGAUCACAAACUUCAGGGCAAGAAAUUGCCGCUUGGCUUCACGUUUUCCUUCCCGUGUCGCCAGGAGGGACUGGAUAAAGCGGUCCUGACAGUUUGGACAAAGGGAUUUAACUGUGAAGGUGUGGUCGGCAAAGAUGUUGUCGAGCUGCUACAUGCAGCCUUCAAAAGGCGUGGGGAUAUGCCAAAUGUCAAGUGUUUGGCUGUUAUUAAUGACACAGUUGGAGCCCUCAUAUCCUGUGCUCACAGUGAUAGACAAUGUGCCAUUGGUCUUAUUCUUGGGACUGGAACAAAUGCAUGUUAUAUCGAAGAUUUGCAAAAUGUAAAAACCUGGACUGGAGAUGAUGGUGAGCCUAGACAGGUGCUGAUCAACUGUGAAUGGGGAGCAUUUGGCAAUGAUGGAAAUCUGUCUUUCAUCCAAACGGAUUUUGAUAAAGCUAUUGACAAACAUUCCAUCAAUCCAGGGAAGCAGAUCUACGAAAAGAUGAUCUCAGGCAUGUACAUGGGAGAGAUUGCUCGUCUUGCAAUUGAAAGGCUCAGAAAAAAUCAUCUUCUGUUUGAAGGCGAAGGCUCAUACCAUUUGGCUACAAGAGGAAGAUUUUACACAAAAUAUGUUUCUGAGAUUGAAGGCGAUGAUGUCACCAAUUUCACAGUGACUAGGCAAAUAUUUGAUGAGCUUGAGUUGACCAAUCAUAAUGAGCAGGAUUACCGUCUGGUCAGACAUGUCUGCAAUCUUGUGUCCAAGAGAGCCGCUUACUUGGCAUCUGCAGGUAUAGCCUGUCUGCUGAAUAAGAUGAACAAAAAGGAAGUUACAGUUGGUGUUGAUGGUUCUCUGUACCGCUUUCAUCCAUUCUUUCAUGAUCUGAUGAUGGAGAAGAUACAAGCGUUGAUAAGACCUAACAUUCGUUUUAAACUGAUGCUGUCUCAUGAUGGUAGUGGCAAGGGAGCGGCCCUUGUUGCUGCAGUGGCCAGCAAACUGAAGGAUAAGGAUGAUCGAGGAAGAAGGGGCUCUAAAGUAUAA